AUGGGGGAGCCACGAUUCGCAACCGCCCCCUCCUCCGAUGACCACUGGCACAGACCGGCGCCUCCCUCGCCACCGCCACCACCGCCCCACCAGCCGCUCUCCCUUGUCCAGCCUUCCCAGAAGAAAAGGCACAAGACCAAGGUGUUCCGCGUCUUCCGCUCCGUGUUCCGGUCGCUCCCCAUCAUCACCCCGGUGUGCAAGUUCCCGUCCCUCCCGAUGGGCAUCCCCGACCCCCACCGGACGGCCUCGGGGUCCCGCGUGACCGGCACGCUGUUCGGGUACCGGAAAGGGAGGGUCAGCCUGUCCAUGCAGGAGACCCCUAAAUGCCUCCCCACGCUGGUGGUGGAGCUCGCCAUGCAGACCAACGUGCUGCAGAAGGAGCUGAGCUCCGGCAUGGUGAGGAUCGCCCUGGAAUGCGAGAAGAGACCGGACAAGGACAAGACCAAGAUCCUGGACGAGCCCCUGUGGACCAUGUACUGCAACGGGAAGAAGGCCGGGUACGGCGUCAAGCGGGAGGCCUCGGCGGAGGACCUCAGCGUGAUGGAGCACCUCAAGCCUGUGUCGAUGGGCGCCGGGGUCCUGCCGGGCAACUCCGACGUGGAGGGACCCGACGGCGAGCUGGCCUACAUGCGGGCGCACUUCGAGCGGGUCGUCGGGUCGAAGGACUCCGAGACGCUGUACAUGCUGAGCCCGGAGGGCAACACCGGGCCGGAGCUUAGCAUAUUCUUUGUGAGGAUUUGA